UACGAGGUUGCGGCAUUUGAUGUUUCGAGAGGCAGAGAUCUUGGUAUCCCUCUCUACAACGACGCCCGGGCAGGUUUCAACCUUACACGUAAAACAUCGUUUGCCGAAGUCACCUCAAAUGCAGAAAUUGCAGCCAGACUCCAAGCAACCUAUGGCACUGUUGACAAGUGCGAAGCGUUUGCCUGUGCACAUGCUGAAGAUCACAUUGAGGGUGCCAAUGUUGGGGAGCUUGUCUACACGGCUCUCGUCCGGCAGUUUGAUCGCUAUCGCGUUACUGACCGAUUCUGGUUUCAGAAUUAUUUCAGCGCAGAUGAGCAACAGACGUUCCGUAAAAGAACCUUUAGAGAUGUCAUUAUCGAUAAUUUGUCACCGGAUGAACUACCGCAGGACAUAACAUUUCCGGGAAGCAUUUGGACUGUUUUGCCACCAGUUGAUAAUAGUGUCACUAAUGCACCAAAUCCGACAGCUACAAUAACCGAUCCAUAUCCAGGAGACAUGACUAGAUGGCCAGAAUAUAAAGUACGCUUUGGUAUCAAGGAUAAGACCCUACAAUUUUUAAUCACUUUUGCAACUGAAAACGGAAAUGGCUGGUUUGGUAUAGGCUUUGGACCGUCCGAUGAUGGAAUGACAAACGCCGAUUUUAUCAUAUGCAAGGUGUCAUCUGGUUCGGCCAGUUUAGGGAAUUACAUUUCCAAAGGAUACCAACCGCCAGUUCUCGAUUCGGAUCAUCAUGACUUUGCAUUAACCAGCACGACACUUAAUGGGACCGUUUACAAUAUUGAAUUCAAUCGACCCAUCGCUGCAGCCAGUCCAGGCAGAAAGGAGAUCGUAGAAGGGCAAAUGAAAGUAGUCAUGGCUUUCAACCCUACGACCGACGUUGUUACAUACCACGGAUCCAGAAAUAGAGUUAGACAGAUUAUUGACUUUGCUCUCGGCCAGGUUAUAAGCAUACAAGAUGCAGCCAUAGCAGCUUCUCCGGAAAGACAACGGCAGACCAGAUUGGCUCAUGGAUUUGGAAUGGCUAUAAUUUGGUGGUGA